AUGGCUGCCACUACUCUUCAGGGACGCCUUCAGGGCAAAAAUGCCAUCAUCACCGGUGCCGGCGGUGGGAUUGGGCUCGAAACCAGUAUCCUUUUCGCCCGUGAAGGAGCCAAUGUUCUGAUGGCCGACGUUUCCGAACCAGCUCUUGCAAGGGCUUUGGCCAAGGUGAAGGAAGUAGUUCCCACUGCAUCCCGGGUCGAAUCAAUUCGAUGCGAUGUAUCCAAGGAGUCGGAUGUGCAGGCAAUGGUUGAGUCACAAGACAGCUGGGGAGGCACCGAUGUGAUCUUCAACAACGCUGGAAUUAUGCAUGCCAACGAUGCGGAUGCUAUUGAUACCCCCGAGAAAAUCUGGGACCUCACACACAACAUUAAUGUCAAGGGCGUCUGGUUCGGCAGCAAGCACGCGGUCCUCAGUCUGCGUCGUCACCAGAAGGCCCGUGGCAGCAUCAUCAACACAGCUAGUGUGGUGGCAUUGGUUGGCGCUGCCACUCCUCAGCUCGCAUACACCGCCAGUAAGGGUGCGGUCCUAGCGAUGACUCGGGAAUUGGCCAUCGUGCAUGCCCGUGAGGGGUACCGUUUCAAUGCUUUGUGCCCCGCCCCACUCAACACCCCUCUCCUACAAGACUGGCUUGGUGAUGACAAGGCCAAGCGAUUCCGUCGGGAGGUACACUUCCCCACUGGCCGGUUCGGUGAGGCCAUUGAGCAGGCUCACGCCGUGGUUUUCCUGGCCAGCGACGAAAGCAGCUUCGUUAAUGGCACGGACUUUGUGGUCGACGGUGGAAUGACCAAGGCUUAUGUGACUCCAGAGGGUCCCGCAACUCCUGCUCCUCAGAACAAUGGACAUUAA